AUUAUUUUUAUAACUUUAUUAGUAGUACUUACCAGUACAAUUUGUUGGUGUAGGUUUUAUAUGAAAAAAUUGCAAUAUUUUUUAUACUUCCAGAACAUCCGGCACGACUGCCGCAAAUCCCCUAGAAUUCUCGCCUCGAUCCUCCGACGAUGAACAGGCCCCCGCACUCUUCGCGCACCGCUGACCUCGUCUCCCCGGCCGCGGAUGCCGCAGUGGAGGAGGCGCCCAUGGCGGCGUCCAAGCCGGCGGCCGGCGUCCGCAAGAAGCCGUCGGUCGCGUUCGUCCGGGUGUGGUCGGAGGCGGACGAGGUCCGCAUCCUCGAGGGCCUCGCCGCGUACGCCGCCGACCACGGCGCGCCGCCGGCCCGGUCCCAGCUCCACGCCGCCCUCGAGGGCCGCAGCCUGGACAAGGCCGAGUUCACCGUCACGGAGAUCUACGAGAAGGUGCGGCGACUCCGGACCAAGUACUGCAACCUGCGCGACGCCGGGGGUCCGCCCGUGCCAGAAGGCGGCGAGGAUGGCGGCGAUGAGGUGCGCAAGUACGAGCUCUCGAAGGCGAUUUGGGGCGACCAGCCGGCCAAUGUCGCCAAGAAAGGAGGCAGCACCAGCGCCGCCGCCGUUGCGGUGCUGCCCAAAGCAGGCGGCGCCAUCCCACGCGUGCGCAGGGGGUUGGAGGAGCUGCAGGGCCUGUUCCCCUGCCUUGCAGCGGAAGUUGAGAAGGUCACGAACGACGAGAUGCUGGCACCAGUGCUGAAGAGGGCGUUUGAGUUUAUCGAUGACCAAAAAGCAGGUGAAUUGGAUGACAAGGUGAAGAAGCAGAUGGUUAAGGAGGCGCAGGUGACCAUGAGCGGAGCCACCCUGAGGGACGAGGUGCUUAAAAUGCUUAUCAGAUCCAUGGAGAUUGACAUGGCUUCAGUGGUGUAAGUAUGAUGGGUGAGUAUCUUUUGUGGGAAAUGAACUCACUAGGACCGGAAUUAUGGUUGGCAAGUAGUUUAUCCAGACUCUAGUUGGAUGAUGACGAUCCCGUUUUGGUAUCAUCAACCUUUUGGUAUUUACUGGUAACAUGCUUAUCAGAUACAUGGAUUGACUGAGGCUUCAAUGGUAAAAAUAUAUUAUGGUUGGGUAACUUUUGGCGAAA